AUGUCCUCUUCGUACACCAAAAACUUCACUUGCUCCGUCCUCGCAACCCCAAUCCACACCACCCUCGGCGUAACCCUCAAAUCCCAAUUUAACAACCUCGCAAUUCUCAACUUCACAACCGCGCCCAUCCACUUAACGCCCUCUAACACCGUACAUGGCGGCAUCUCCUCCCUGCUCAUCGAUUCCGCAUGUUUCCUGGCCGUUAUCCCGAGUUUGAAAGAUGGAGAGUCGGUAGCUACCAUUGCGUCGAGUUUUCAGAUAUUAGAUGCUAUGCCUGGGGAGGGGAAAGUGUACGAGGUUGAGGGACGGGUGGUGAGAAGGGGGAAGAAGGUCGUGUUUUGUGAGGGGCAUGUGAAGUGUGAAGGGAAACUCAUUGCCAAAGGGAACUUGACGAAAGUUGUUACGUGGGAGAGGAGCAAAUUAUGA